AGUCGCUGAGGAGCCAUGGAGCACAGCAGUAAUCGCCCAGAGGACUUCCCGCUUAACGUUUUCUCUGUCACUCCGUACACACCCAGUACCGCGGACAUCCAGGUGUCCGACGACGACAAGGCAGGGGCCACUUUGCUUUUCUCGGGCAUCUUUCUAGGACUGGUGGGGAUCACGUUCACUGUCAUGGGCUGGAUCAAGUACCAGGGUGUCUCCCACUUUGAAUGGACCCAGCUCCUCGGACCCAUCCUUCUGUCGGUCGGAGUGACAUUCAUCCUGAUCUCUGUGUGCAAAUUCAAAAUGCUAUCCUGCCAGUUGUGCUCAGAUAACGAGGAAAGGGUCCCGGACUCGGAGCAGACUUCCGGAGGACAGUCGUUCGUUUUCACCGGCAUCAACCAGCCCAUCACCUUCCACGGGGCCACCGUGGUACAGUAUAUCCCUCCUCCUUAUGGUUCUCAGGAGCCCCUGGGAAUGAACACCACCUACCUGCAGCCCAUGAUGAACCCCUGCGGUCUUUUACCUUCUAGCGGAGCAGUGGCUGCCACACCAAGUCCCCCUCAGUACUACACUAUCUACCCUCAAGACAAUGCUGCGUUUGUGGAGAGCGAGGGCUUCUCUCCUUUCGUGGGUGCUGGUCAUGACAGGCCCAGCUCUGAUGCUGACCAGCUAGAAGGGAUGCAGAUGGAAGAGGAGGACUGUGUAUGCCUCUCUCCUCCCCCCUACGAGGAGAUAUGCGCCCUACCUCGCUAGAGACUGCAAAGCUAAGCUAAGGGAACCGACAUUUAAACCCUGUGAUGUGAUACUUGGAGAGUUUUAUGUUGUGAUCUUCAGAAGUUAAAUCUAAAGCAGCUCAGGCGAUCUUACAGAUGUCAUUCAAGGUGGGAAAGAAGUGUCCUGAGAUUGCUAAAUUAAGCUCCCCUGGGUAAAUACCCCUGUGCUCCAGUUUUGAAUUCUCUCAGCUAAGAAAUCCUCUGCAACUGGAGAGUCGUUCUGUGGUAGAGUGAUUUCUAAGCAUGCUCAAUGCCUUGGGUUUGAUCUCUAAAGCCAGAAAACAAAACAAAACAAAACAAAACAAACAAACAAACAAACAAACAAAAAGCCCCAAGACCUCUCUACAUAAAUUGCAGGGGGAAAAUUCACCCGUUUCCCCAUCCCUCACCUGAUAUCCAUUUGAAGGCAUUAGUGUCUUAGUUUUAAAUCCAGCAGGCAUGGCAGUUUUCAGAGGAUGGCUGGUGAGCAAGCAGGGAAAAGAAAGUAGGCUCAGGUAGAAACUUCCCUGCACCGUGCUGGACCUUCCACAGUGGAGUGACUUAUCCCAAACAACUUGGGCUGUUAUCUAGUCUCCCUUGAAGACUUUGGAUUUUGAAGAGUCUGUAAAAGAAACAACAAAAUCCAUU